AUGCGAUCACUCUUUCUGAAGCGGAAGAAAAGAAAAGGAGGAACACUGGAGUUUCUCACAAACUCGACCGUUACAUCAGCAACUGAACGCCGUUCGUUUUAUGACGUGGAAGCUAAUCAUAUGCACCGUGAGUUUUCAUUUGAAUGUGAAAUCAUAGGUUACUCGGUUGGUCCUAAUACGUUAAAUCUGACAUAUUGCGAUGGGGCGGUUCUAUAG